UUAGGCGAAAGCUCAAUUCAUUACGUCAUCACUAAAUUUCCCAUCUGGUGAAAUUCAAGCUCCAUAUUCUCACAAACACAAGCCUCACGAAACAUAAACAAGUUCACUACCCUCGACCCAAUAUCAGAAUUGCUAUGCGAUCAUUAAUAGUACCACGGAGCCUUAUGCGCUCAUGCAGGACGACCUCCAGACAACCCAUCGGCGUCCGCCACACAGCCAUAGUUUGUCAAAUCUGCCACCAGCAAACCAAGCCUCUUUUUCAAUCCCCCACGAUCUCCUCCCGCAGAAACGCAUCCUCAUCUACGAACCCCUCAUCAUCUACCUCUCCAGAUCAAACAACCGCUUCUGUCACCUCCCCUCCCCGAACCCACUACGAUCUUUUUCCCAUCACUCUUCCCCGCGGUCCGCCACCCUCUGGCCCAUUCCACAUCGACGUUCGAGCGCUGCGCAACGAAUUUCUCCGUCUACAAGCAAGCGCGCAUCCAGAUUUACAUUCUUCGUCGAACAAAUCGCGCGCUGAAGCAAAAAGUGCCCUCAUAAAUGAAGCAUACAGAACAUUACAAUCGCCUUUACUACGCGCGCAAUAUUUGUUAGGGCUACAGGGUAUAGAUGUUCAUGAUGAGACUGGGAAGACUGGGGCAGAAGAUGGGGAUAAGGAGUUAUUGAUGGAGGUUUUGGAGACGAGGGAGGAGAUUGAGGAGGCGGAGGAGGAGGGGGAUUUGGAUGGGUUGAAAGUUAAGAAUGAGGAGAGGAUUGCAAAUUGUGAGGAUGCGGUGGGGAAGGCUUUGGAGGCUGGGGAUUUAGAAACUGCGAUGAGAGAAACGGUUAGAUUGAGGUAUUGGGUUAAUGUUAGGGAUAGCUUGCAUGCGUGGGAGAAGGGCAAGCCGGUUGUGAUGGUGCAUUGAGGGAUUUGAGGAAAUGGCGGGAGUGAAUAGAGGUCAGGAGGUUUUAGAAAAAAGGGAAGUUAUUUUUGGUUACGACAAUGCCACGAAAAUGACCAAUCUUGCCUGCACCGAUUUCGCCAAACUCCACAAUCCGUGGGCGUCCAAACUGAUCUUGGAUCUACUUUGAGACCACCAUUCCAAUGGCGACCGAGGCUAUAUAUCACCAUCCCAAGACGAGCGCAAUAAGCAUGGUACAAUGGAACCAAAAUACGUUUUACACCCCUCUGAAGUACACGUCAAUACAUGGUUGCAGUAUUCAAAAAGAAAAGGGCUGCGUGCAGCUGGCAAUACGUCUGGAUGACGACAAUUACACGACCACACUAAAAACUAGAAAUGGACAUUAAAGGUAGAUGGAAUGUUGGAAGGUCACGACUAAAAUU